CGAGCGCCCCGGAGCCCCCCACCUGAGCCCGUCCGCGCCCCCCGCAGCCCGGCGCCAUGGCGGAGCAGGAGAGCCUGGAGUUCGGCAAGGCGGACUUUGUGCUGCUGGACACCGUGGCCAUGCCCGAGUUCAUGGCCAACCUCCGCCUCAGAUUUGAAAAAGGGCGCAUCUACACUUUCAUUGGCGAAGUCGUCGUUUCUGUGAACCCUUACAAGCCUCUUAACAUCUAUGAGAGGGACACGAUUGAGCAGUACAAAGGGCGGGAGCUGUAUGAGAAACCUCCUCACCUUUUUGCUAUUGCUGAUGCUGCUUACAAGGCUAUGAAGAGGCGCUCAAAAGACACCUGUAUCAUGAUAUCAGGGGAAAGUGGAGCUGGUAAGACUGAAGCCAGUAAAUACAUUAUGCAUUAUAUUGCGGCCAUCACCAACCCCAGUCAGAGAGCGGAGAUCGAAAGAGUGAAGAACAUGCUGCUUAAAUCUAACUGUGUCUUGGAAGCUUUUGGAAAUGCCAAGACCAACCGCAAUGACAACUCAAGCAGAUUUGGAAAAUACAUGGAUAUCAACUUUGAUUUCAAGGGAGAUCCUAUCGGGGGACAUAUCAAUAAUUACUUAUUGGAGAAGUCUCGAGUGAUUGUGCAGCAGCCAGGAGAACGAAGCUUCCAUUCUUUCUAUCAGCUACUACAAGGAGGUUCAGAGCAGAUACUCCGCUCACUGCAUCUCCAGAAAUCUCUUUCAUCCUACAACUAUAUUCGUGGAGGUGCUCAAUUAAAGUCUUCUAUCAAUGAUGCUGCAGAAUUCAAAGUUGUAGCUGAUGCUAUGAAAGUAAUUGGUUUCAAACCUGAGGAGAUUCAGACAGUAUAUAAAAUUCUGGCUUCUAUUCUUCAUUUGGGAAAUUUAAAAUUUGUAGUAGAUGGUGACACACCCCUCAUUGAAAACGGCAAGGUUGUGUCAAUCAUUGCAGAACUGCUCUCUACCAAGACCGAGAUAGUUGAGAAAACCCUUCUCUACCGGACUGUGGCCACAGGCCGAGACAUCAUUGACAAGCAGCACACAGAACAGGAAGCAAGCUAUGGCAGAGACGCUUUUGCCAAGGCAAUAUAUGAGCGCCUUUUUUGCUGGAUCGUUACUCGCAUCAAUGAUAUCAUUGAGGUUAAGAAUUACGACACCACAGUCCAUGGAAAAAACACUGUUAUUGGUGUCUUGGAUAUCUAUGGGUUUGAAAUCUUUGAAAACAACAGCUUUGAGCAAUUCUGCAUUAAUUACUGCAAUGAAAAACUACAGCAGCUCUUUAUUCAACUGGUUCUUAAGCAAGAACAAGAGGAAUAUCAACGGGAAGGGAUCCCUUGGAAGCACAUCGACUACUUCAACAAUCAGAUCAUUGUGGACCUUGUAGAACAGCAGCACAAAGGCAUUAUUGCCAUCCUUGAUGACGCCUGCAUGAACGUGGGCAAAGUCACUGAUGAAAUGUUCUUGGAAGCACUGAAUAGCAAAUUGGGCAAGCAUGGCCAUUUUUCCAGCCGAAAGCUCUGUGCCACAGACAAAAUCCUGGAGUUUGAUCGAGAUUUUCGGAUCCGACAUUAUGCUGGUGAUGUCAUUUAUUCUGUCAUUGGUUUUAUUGACAAAAAUAAAGAUACUUUAUUUCAAGAUUUCAAGCGCCUCAUGUAUAACAGUUCAAAUCCUGUUCUGAAAAAUAUGUGGCCUGAAGGCAAGCUGAGUAUUACAGAAGUGACCAAGAGACCUCUUACUGCUGCCACCUUAUUUAAGAAUUCCAUGAUUGCAUUAGUAGACAACCUUGCAUCAAAGGAACCGUAUUAUGUGCGUUGCAUCAAACCCAAUGACAAGAAAUCCCCACAGAUAUUUGAUGAUGAGCGCUGUCGACACCAAGUAGAGUAUCUUGGACUUUUGGAAAAUGUGAGGGUGCGACGUGCAGGCUUUGCUUUUCGCCAAACAUAUGAGAAGUUUCUUCACAGAUACAAGAUGAUCUCUGAAUUCACCUGGCCUAAUCAUGACCUCCCUUCUGACAAAGAGGCUGUCAAAAAACUGAUUGAAGGUUGUGGUUUUCAGGAUGAUGUAGCCUAUGGAAAGACCAAAAUUUUCAUUCGAACACCCCGAACAUUAUUUACAUUGGAAGAACGUCGUUCCCAGAUGCUCCAAAGGAUUGUCCUUUUUCUGCAAAAGGUGUGGCGGGGCACCCUGGCCCGAAUGCGGUACAAGAAGACCAAGGCAGCUCUAACGAUUAUCAGAUACUACCGGCGCUACAAAGUGAAGUCCUACAUCCGAGAGGUAGCCAGGCGCUUCCAGGGCGUGAAGACCAUGAAGGACCAUGGGAGGCAUGUGAAGUGGCCAACCCCUCCCAAAGUGCUCCGCAGGUUCGAGGAGGCCCUGCAGGCCAUUUUUAAUAGAUGGAGAGCUUCCCAGCUCAUCAAGAGCAUACCCGCUUCAGACCUACCCCAGGUCAGGGCAAAAGUUGCAGCCAUGGAGAUGCUGAAAGGCCAGAGGGCUGACCUUGGACUCCAGAGGGCCUGGGAAGGCAACUAUCUUGCUUCUAAGCCAGAUACGCCGCAGACUUCAGGCACUUUUGUCCCUGUCGCUAAUGAACUGAAGCGGAAGGACAAAUACAUGAAUGUCCUCUUUUCCUGUCAUGUCCGGAAGGUGAAUCGAUUUAGUAAGGUGGAAGACAGAGCAAUUUUUGUGACUGAUCGUCAUCUGUAUAAAAUGGACCCUACUAAGCAGUAUAAGGUGAUGAAGACGAUCCCUCUGUAUAACUUGACUGGUCUAAGUGUCUCCAAUGGAAAAGACCAACUUGUAGUGUUCCACACAAAAGACAACAAAGACCUCAUUGUCUGCCUCUUCAGCAAACAGCCAACCAAUGAGAAUAGGAUUGGAGAACUUGUUGGAGUGCUGGCAAAUCAUUUCAAGAGUGAGAAGCGCCACCUUCAAGUCAACGUCACCAACCCGGUGCAGUGCAGCCUUCACGGGAAGAAGUGCACCGUGUCCGUGGAGACGCGGCUCAACCAGCCACAGCCAGACUUCACCAAGCACCGCUCUGGCUUCAUUCUCAGCGUGCCAGGCAACUGAGCGCAGGCCCGGCCGUCCCCACCCACAGCCCUCCCGCUCCCUGCCACCUCCUUGUUCUCCACUAGGAACCAGCUCACCAGGCCCAGGCUUGGGCAAGAGCCCCUCUUUGCCUUCUGCAGAACUCCUAACCCCUGGGGGUGACUUUCUGGCUUUCUGCCUCUGGUGCCCAUCUUCCUCUGUCCCCACUUUCUGGAAUCCCUGCUCAACAAACCAAAGACCCAGGUGCCACCCCAGACCUCCCCAGCUGAUACCCUCACCUCACCUCAGUUUGUUGGCACCUCUCACCCGGGGCUGGCCCCCUUCCCUCAUUUCUAGGUAAAUUCCAUAUUGCCUGGAUCUCGGCACCUGCCAGGUGCAGCUCCCCAUCCACAGACACGAUGCCAGGACCUGCAGGGGGCCACAUGCAGCCACAGCCACGACCUAUUCUACAAGCAAGUGUGGGGUGUCCACAGUGCCCCAUGCACCUGCUACCUGGCAGGGCUGUUCCUGCACCAACUUGCUGCUGCCCCCUCAUCAAGUGUUCACUAGCAGCUGGAGUUCUGCAGGGAGGG